UCCGCAGUCCCGGCCCCCCGCCUCGCCCUCUCUCCGGCCGACUCCCCCUGGGCGGGGCGGUCACUUCUGGAACACAGGCUGUGCGCUCUCCCGGGCGCGCCGGCUCCAGGCAACCGGGCCGUGACAGGGCAGAAACCGGGGCCGGGGCUCCGACGGGAGCAGGGGGCUCGGAGAAGGGACGGGGCGACAGCUGGACAUCGGAAAACCUGGGACCCGCCUGACUGUCGCCUCCCCCCCCCCGGCUUCCGCCCAUCCCCGCCUGUGUUUGCUGCAGUGGCUCUCUGGCACCGGGUACCCUGAGUCAGACCCCCCGAGACACGCCCGGCCCCUUGGGCAAGGGCUGGGAGCAGAGGUGAGUGAGUCCCACCCUUCCACCACCUGGGAUUUAGGGGGUCCCCUUCUCCCCUAACUCCUAGUCCCCUUCCCAUCCCCCCAAGCCUCUGCUUCCAGGCCUCCGGGCUCCCGGAUGUCUCCGCUCCUGCCAGGAUAUCAGGAUCUCCCGGCCCCUCAACAGCCCCAGGGAGCUGCCCCCCAGGUCCCUGAAUCCCGUUCCUCCCUCCCCCAGCCAUGUGGUCCCCAUCCCGACGCCAGCUAGGCCUGGCUUUCCUCCUCCUCUCCGCCCUCUCUGCCGCCUCCCUUCUCCUCCGCCUCCGCUUGGGCCUGCUCCCCCACCACCUGAUCCUCAACGUGCUCUGCCCUACCAGCUGCCCCUCACCUGCCCGCAUCUCCUUCGUCUGCCUGGCUGGCUCCAGCAGCCGCCUCAACGCCUCGGUGGUCCUCUCCGGCCGGAAGGAGGCCGCCGGUUCCGGGGCGUCUGCCCCCGCCGGCCCCACGGGCUCCUUCAGCCACAGCCCCGCCACUGACCGCCAGCCCCUGCUGCUGGGAACCUGGACCAUCCAGCCCGAAGGCCGCUUCGGCAACCAGAUGGGCCAGUACGCCACGCUCUUCGCCUUGGCCCGGCUGAACACCCGCCGUGCCUUCAUCCUGCCCCCCAUGCACGCCACGCUCGCGCCCAUCUUCCGCCUCUCCCUGCCCGUCCUCGCCCAGGAGGCCGACACCCAUGCCACCUGGCACCACUUCCCCCUCCACGACUGGCUGUCCGAAGACUACGCCCACCUGGGCCACCUGGACCUGAUCAAGUUUACCGGCUUUCCCUGCUCCUGGACCUUCUUUAACCACCUGAGGGCCGAGAUCCAGGCCGAGUUUGCCCUCCACGACCACGUGCGUGAAGAGGCCCAGGCCUUCCUGCGGCAGGUCCGGUGGACGCGGGGGGACCACCCGAUCACGUUCGUCGGCGUCCACGUCCGCCGUGGGGACUACGUGCAAGUUAUGCCACGGCACUGGCGGGGAGUGGUGGCGGAUCGGGGCUACCUGGAGAAGGCCCUGGGCUACUUCCGCGGCCGCUACCCUAACCCGGUGUUUGUGGUGACCAGCAACGGCAUGGCCUGGUGCCGGGAGAACAUCGACUCAACGCUGGGGGAUGUGGUCUUCGCCGGGGACGGGGCCGAGGGCUCCCCGGGCCGGGACUUUGCCCUUUUGAUGCAGUGCAACCACACGGUCAUGACCAUCGGGACCUUCGGCUUCUGGGCCGGCUACCUGGCCGGUGGGGAGACCGUGUAUCUGGCGAACUUCACCCUCCCAGACUCGGAAUUCCUGAAGAUCUUCAAACCUGAGGCGGCGUUCCUGCCCGAAUGGGUGGGGAUCCCCGCCGACCUGUCGCCCCUCAGGGGUUAAUGAUCACUAGGGGCCUUGAGGGGGGGUGGGGGAAGGAUGAGGAGCCAGGGGCUGAAGGCCCCCCCCCCCCAGGGGGAGCGAGGAGGUUCGGGGUGGCCGGGGAAGCCAGAUCAGCUGCUGAGCCCAUGGCGGGGCAAGAGCAAAGGGGAUUGCAUGAGACUGUUCCUUUUCUUACCCUCAGCCUUGUUCUUCUGGGGCAUUCUAGGUCACACCGUCAUCUGUUCUGGGCCUGGUGUCUCCAGUUCUCAGUCAGGCAUCCAAGACUCCAGGACUCAGCCCCACACAAGAGGCUUUCCCCCAGCUGGCAUGUCGGCCGGACAACAUGGGUUGUGUGGUGAUGCCGAAGAGACACUGGGUUCCACGCCUCUUGUUCUAGAGGUUCCAGCCAGGUGUUGGGGGUUUGAGCAAACCACCAUUCUCAGGAUAUCUUAUGCCAUACUCUGCUCUCCAUCCUUCCUGCUGCACUGUUCACCGGCCUCCCUGCAGUCACCCUCCUAUUUCUGGGAGGUCUGGCCUGGUGGCUAUGCUGAACUCUUCUUGCUCCAGUGACUGGUCAGCCCGUUUUGGGUGCUAGAGAGAAGACAGCUACUCUGUCCACUCCUGCCUUUGUCCCUGGGUCUCUAUGCGCCCCACCCUUCUUCCUACUGUCACUGCAAACUCAGGGAUUUAGCUCUCCAUUUGGUAUUUCCUUUGGGGUGGGGGCUAGUGAGAUGGGAGCUAUGCACUGUGGAAUAAAAGUACCAAAACACUCA